AUGGAGGUGAGUGUUUAUUGUACACCGCCUUCCUCCCCUUUUCAAGGCGUUAAAGGAAAGGCUGAUGGUGUAGAAGUUAAUAUGAGAGAGAGGUCAUGGCAGGAAGAUAGUUCUUCUAUACCUACACCCGAAGUUACAUCAUCGAUACUGCCCUAUGCGCAUGCUUCGUUAAACUUGCCAUCGCCUCACACUCCGGGGGUGGCUUUGGAGGACAGUAGGGAGUUUGGUACCAUGGCGUACACAAUUGCGGAAUUUGUGAGGAUAUUGAACCUCCAGGACUCUCAGCUAGUUGCAGAUGUGCUUAAAGGAGAUAAAAAAAGCCCCGAGGACUAUGUGAAGAGGCUAGUCUGGAACGAGUUGAGCGUGCGCAGAUGGCAAAUGAGUUCAAAUCCCAUUGGGCAGGGUUCUUCUUCUUAUGUUUUUGCUAUUCGGGAUGCCGAGGGUGAUACGAGCCUGGCUCUAAAAAUACCUCUUUCUAGAAAUAAAGCAUCUAUAAUGUUACACGAGGUCCUAAUAUACUCGUAUUUGGCACAGCGGGCGAAACAGAGUCUUUCAAAAAUGCAUAUAGUUCGUUUCUAUGGUAUUGCGGCGAUAACGCGGCGGCAAUUUAAGCGUCUACGGUCUAAUGAUGUCGUGCCUGCAUUAGUGUUGGAUAUGGCUGAUUAUACAAUGAGGAGCUUUACUCAGAGUCGGACUGUUACGAAAGCACAGUGGUGGAAGUUUACAAACGAUCUUCUAUUGUGCUUACAGUUCCUUCGCGGUAAUGCAGUUGUCCAUGGCGACAUUAAAACUGCAAAUAUACUUGUUCAAGGUUACGAUGCAUACUUGGUAGACUUCGCUUCUGCUUCAAUUACGGGAACUAAUAUGAAGAAGGCUGUUGAAACAACUUUACAGUACAGUUCUCCAUCCUUGAUAGAGGGUAGUAGACCAUGCUACGAUAGUGAUUUGUACGCAGCAGGGUUGUGCCUGCUUACAUUGAUUACUAGGUUUGAACCAUACCAAGAGCUUUCUAUGCUAAACUCGCAUAGUACCCAUACUUCAAUGAAUUCGUUACACGAAAAGCAAUGGCUCAUGAAUGCAAUCUGCAAGCGGGAACCCAUCAAGUAUAAUGUUUUGAAACCGGAGCUACAUCAGCAAUGGGCAGAAGAAUUACAGUUUUUAGAGCGCUUCUUUGCGAAUGAUACACCUAUUUCGCUAGAGAACUGGAUUACAGAAGCAAAUUCACGGAUAAAUGAUAAAUGA